AGGACCGGAGCGGCGGCGCGGCCGGAGAGGGAGCGGCGGGCGCAGGCGGCGGCGGCGGCGGCAGGCGCGGCGUUGGCGGCGGCUCCGACAGAGGGAGCGGAGCGGGCGAGCCAGAGGCACAGGCGUCCGCGCCGCGUCCUAGCCCGGCUCCGGGCCCGCGUGCCCCGCAUAGCCUGCAGCCCGGGCAUCUAGACCCUCCCGGCGCCCGGGGGGCUCCGCCAGGCAGGGGGUGGGGAGGAGCCUGCGAGCGCCCGCGGGUGCGCUCUUGGGAACGUCUCGGCGGGGCCCGGAGCCGGUCGGGGGCGGCAGCGACAGUAGCCUUGGGUCGGGCGCGCUGCUCGGCCGCUGGCGAGACGGUGCGCUCCGGAGGCUUUGCAAGUCGCUGGAUCAAGUCCUCGCCCGCGGGGCCUCUACUGCUGGGGAAGCUGCCAUUGGAGGCCACAGGCAAACAUCAGGAGCCUGGACGUUAGGAGGAGUCAUCGCUGCAAUCACUGUAUCCUGAAGCCCUGCCCUGUGCCCGCCCACCUUGGCUUCACCCAGACCCUGCCUCUUGCCCACUGCCCUGGACGGCCCUGCCUGCUGCCGGACCCUGGCAUGUCAAGGCCUGGCCUGCACUUGCCUGCCCAGCCCGCGGAACCCCAGCGGCCCCGCGAGCUAGGAUGAGGGGCCAGGCUGCCGCCCCGGGCCCCAUCUGGAUCCUUGCUCCACUCCUGCUGUUACUCUUGUUACUGGGGCGCCGGGCACGUGCUGCCUCCGGGGCAGACAUAGGGCCUGGGGCGGAGCAGUGCACCACGUUGGUGCAGGGCAAGUUCUUCGGCUACUUCUCGGCGGCUGCUGUGUUCCCAGCUAACGCUUCACGCUGCUCCUGGACCCUCCGCAACCCGGACCCUCGUCGCUACACGCUCUACAUGAAGGUGGCCAAGGCACCCGCACCCUGCAGUGGCCCCGGCCGCGUCCGUACCUACCAGUUCGAUUCCUUCUUGGAGUCCACCCGCACCUACCUGGGUGUGGAGAGCUUUGACGAAGUCCUGCGGCUCUGCGAUCCCUCCGCCCCCCUCGCCUUCCUGCAGGCCAGCAAGCAGUUUCUACAGAUGCAGCGCCAACAGCCACCCCAAGAUGGGGACCUUGGCCCCCGGGGCGGGUUCCCGAACUCUGGUGACGACUUCUCUGUGGAGUACCUGGUCGUGGGCAAUCGCAACCCUAGCCACGCUGCUUGCCAGAUGCUGUGCCGCUGGCUGGAUGCCUGUCUCGCGGGCAGCCGCAGCUCGCACCCCUGUGGCAUCAUGCAGACUCCCUGUGCCUGCCUGGGUGGAGAUGCUGGAGACCCUGCUUCCAGCCCCUUGGUCCCCCGUGGGGAUGUCUGCUUGAGGGACGGCGUAGCCGGUGGCCCUGAGAACUGCCUCACCAGCCUGACCCAGGACCGGGGUGGGCACGGCUCAGCAGGUGGCUGGAAACUGUGGUCCUUGUGGGGUGAAUGUACUCGGGACUGCGGGGGAGGUCUGCAAACUCGAACCCGCACCUGCUUGCCCACCCCUGGCGUGGAGGGCGGAGGCUGUGAGGGCGUUUUGGAAGAAGGACGCCUGUGCAACCGCAAGGCCUGUGGCCCCACGGGACGCACCAGCUCCCGGAGCCAGUCCCUGCGGUCCACGGAUGCGCGGCGGCGCGAGGAGUUCGGAGAUGAGCUGCAGCAGUUUGGGUUCCCAUCGCCCCAGACUGGUGACCCAGCAGCCGAGGAAUGGUCCCCGUGGAGCGUGUGCUCCAGCACCUGCGGCGAGGGCUGGCAGACCCGCACCCGCUUCUGCGUGUCGUCCUCCUACAGCACUCAGUGCAGUGGGCCUCUGAGGGAGCAGCGGCUCUGCAACAACUCCGCUGUGUGUCCAGUGCACGGGGCCUGGGAUGAGUGGUCACCUUGGAGCCUCUGCUCCAGCACCUGUGGCCGUGGCUUCCGUGACCGCACACGCACCUGCAGGCCCCCACAAUUUGGAGGCAACCCCUGUGAGGGUCCCGAGAAGCAAACGAAGUUCUGCAACAUUGCCUUGUGCCCUGUGGAUGGAAACUGGAAUGAAUGGUCCAGCUGGAGCACCUGCUCUGCCAGUUGCUCCCAAGGCCGCCAGCAGCGGACUCGAGAGUGCAAUGGUCCUUCCUAUGGAGGCGCCGAGUGCCAGGGCCACUGGGUGGAGACUCGAGACUGCUUCCUGCAGCAGUGCCCAGUGGAUGGCAAGUGGCAGGCCUGGGCAUCAUGGGGCAGCUGCAGCGUCACAUGUGGGGGUGGCAGCCAGCGACGGGAGCGCGUCUGCUCUGGGCCUUUCUUCGGGGGAGCCGCCUGCCAGGGCCCCCAGGAUGAGUACCGACAGUGUGGUGCCCAACGAUGUCCUGAGCCCCAUGAAAUUUGUGACGAGGACAACUUUGGGGCCGUGGUCUGGAAGGAGACCCCAGCUGGAGAGGUGGCCGCAGUCCGGUGUCCCCGCAAUGCCACAGGCCUCAUCCUGCGCCGCUGUGAGCUGGACGAGGAAGGCAUCGCCUACUGGGAGCCCCCCACCUACAUCCGCUGUGUCUCCAUUGAUUAUCGGAACAUCCAAAUGAUGACUAGAGAGCACCUGGCCAAGGCCCAACGUGGGCUGCCAGGGGAGGGGGUCUCGGAGGUCAUCCAGACACUGCUGGAGAUCUCACAGGAUGGCACCAGCUACAGCGGCGACCUGCUCUCCACCAUCGACGUCCUGAGGAACAUGACAGAGAUCUUCCGCAGGGCCUACUACAGCCCUACACCGGGGGAUGUGCAGAACUUUGUCCAGAUCAUCAGCAACCUGCUGGCCGAGGAGAAUCGGGACAAGUGGGAGGAGGCACAGCUGAUGGGCCCCAAUGCCAAGGAGCUCUUUCGGCUGGUGGAGGACUUCGUGGAUGUCAUCGGCUUCCGCAUGAAGGAUUUGAGGGAUGCCUACCAGGUGACCGACAAUCUGGUGCUCAGCAUCCACAAGCUUCCAGCCAGCGGGGCCACCGACAUCAGCUUCCCCAUGAAGGGCUGGCGUGCCACAGGAGACUGGGCCAAGGUGCCAGAGGACAGGGUCACUGUGUCCAAGAGUGUGUUUUCCACAGGCUUGGCAGAGGCUGAUGACUCGUCCGUGUUCGUGGUUGGUACUGUGCUCUACCGAAACUUGGGCAGCUUCCUGGCCCUGCAGAGGAACACAACGGUCCUCAACUCCAAGGUCAUCUCCGUGACGGUGAAGCCCCCGCCUCGGUCCCUGCUCACACCCUUGGAGAUUGAGUUUGCCCACAUGUACAAUGGCACCACCAACCAGACUUGUAUCCUGUGGGAUGAGACAGAUGGGACACGGGCCUGCGUGCUGCGGGUCCGACACCAGGCUGAGAUGCUUGCAGCCCGGAAGGCCAGCCUUCGGUGGCUCUUCAUGCCACAACUGGUGGCCAUGGCUUUUGCUGUGACUUGCGAAUCCAGGGGUCCCAGCGCCAGGCAGCCACGGUGGCCCGUUGAAGUCUUGGAGAGGAACAUGGAUAAGGCGACCGUGCCAUCCGUGACGCUCAUCGUGGGCUGUGGCGUGUCCUCCCUCACCCUGCUCAUGCUGGUCAUCAUCUACGUGUCUGUAUGGAGGUACAUUCGCUCAGAGCGGUCUGUCAUCCUCAUCAACUUCUGCCUGUCCAUCAUCUCUUCUAAUGCUCUCAUCCUCAUCGGGCAGACCCAGACCCGCAACAAGGUUGUGUGCACGCUGGUGGCUGCCUUCCUGCACUUCUUCUUCCUGUCCUCCUUCUGCUGGGUGCUCACCGAGGCCUGGCAGUCCUACAUGGCCGUGACUGGCCGCCUACGGAGCCGGCUCGUCCGCAAGCGCUUUCUCUGCCUGGGCUGGGGGCUCCCUGCACUGGUGGUGGCCAUUUCCGUGGGAUUCACCAAGGCCAAGGGGUACAGCACCAUGAACUACUGCUGGCUCUCCCUGGAGGGGGGACUUCUGUACGCCUUCGUGGGACCAGCUGCUACAGUUGUGCUGGUGAACAUGGUGAUCGGGAUCCUGGUGUUCAACAAGCUCGUGUCCAAGGACGGCAUCACGGACAAGAAGCUGAAGGAGCGGGCAGGGGCCUCCCUGUGGAGCUCCUGCGUGGUGCUGCCGCUGCUGGCGCUGACCUGGAUGUCUGCCGUGCUCGCCGUCACCGACCGCCGCUCCGCCCUCUUCCAGAUCCUCUUUGCGGUCUUCGACUCACUGGAGGGCUUCGUCAUCGUCAUGGUCCACUGCAUUCUGCGCAGAGAGGUCCAGGACGCUGUGAAGUGCCGCGUGGUAGACCGCCAAGAGGAAGGCAACGGGGACUCAGGGGGCUCCUUCCAGAAUGGCCAUGCCCAGCUCAUGACUGACUUUGAGAAGGAUGUGGAUCUGGCCUGUAGAUCAGUGCUGAACAAAGACAUCGCAGCCUGCCGCACGGCCACCAUCACAGGCACCUUCAAGCGACCGUCACUGCCCGAAGAGGAGAAGCUCAAGCUGGCCAAGGGCCCGCCCCCCACCUUCAACAGCCUCCCAGCUAAUGUGUCCAAGCUGCACCUGCACAGCUCACCCCGCUACCCCGGUGGGCCACUGCCCGACUUCCCCAACCACUCCCUCACCCUCAAGAAGGACAAGGCCCCCAAGUCCUCCUUUAUCGGAGAUGGAGACAUCUUCAAGAAACUGGACUCAGAGCUGAGCCGGGCCCAGGAGAAGGCUCUGGACACGAGCUACGUGAUCCUGCCCACGGCCACGGCCACACUCCGGCCCAAACCCAAGGAGGAGCCCAAGUACAGCAUCAACAUUGACCAGAUGCCCCAAACCCGCCUCAUCCACCUCAGCAUGGCGCCCGACGCCAGCUUCCCCACCCGGAGCCCACCUACCCGUGAGCCCCCAGGUGGCGCGCCCCCUGAGGUGCCCCCUGCCCAGCCCCCACCACCUCCACCUCCACCACCACCCCCUCCACCCCAGCAGCCCAUACCCCCACCACCCACCCUGGAGCCUGCACCCCCCAGCCUGGGGGACACAGGGGAGCCUGCGGCCCACCCAGGACCCAGUUCAGGUGCCGGGACCAAGAAUGAGAACGUGGCCACCUUGUCAGUGAGCUCCCUGGAGCGGCGGAAAUCACGGUAUGCAGAACUGGACUUUGAGAAGAUCAUGCACACACGGAAGCGGCACCAGGACAUGUUCCAGGACCUGAACCGGAAGCUGCAGCACGCGGCUGAGAAGGAGAAGGAAGUGCCAGGCGCAGACAGCAGCAAGCCAGAGAAACAGCAGACUCCCAACAAGAGGGCCUGGGAGAGCCUCCGCAAGCCCCACGGGACGCCCGCCUGGGUGAAGAAGGAGCUGGAGCCACUGCCCCCUUCUCCGCUGGAGCUGCGGAGUGUGGAGUGGGAGAAGGCGGGUGCCACCAUCCCACUGGUUGGCCAGGACAUCAUUGACCUCCAGACCGAGGUCUGAGCGGGCGGGCGGUGGCCCCGCACCGGGCCAGGAGGUGGGAUGCUGCUCUGCCCGCUCCACCAUAGGACGGGCACAGAUGCGCUCGCGGUGGCGGGCCGGGUCCAGCCCCGGCCUCAGGGCGCUCAGAGGCGGCCAGGCAGAGGGCCCGCGGUGCUGGGACCAGAGCCAGACACAGGACAGGAGGUGGCAUGGCCCGCGGGCACAGGGCUCCAGAGGCCAGACGGUGCCUCAGACUUUGCCCUCCUUGGGCAAGCCCGAGCGGGCAGGCGGGCGGGUGGACGGCUGUGGACACGGACAGGCCUGGUGUGGCCAGCGUCCCCAGGAUGCCCCCACCUCAGCCACCACUGCAGAGGACUGCCUGUGGCCCGCCAGCCUGGCUCCGUUUUUUAGACACCCCUAUCCCUUGGGAAGCAGCCAGACCCCCCCCCCCACUCCCUUCCAGGACCCUGGGCCCCUCCCAGACCCAGGCAGAGAGCAUGGUCCUGACCCAGAGACCCAGGGGCUGGACUGAGACCACUCUGGAAAGAGGCGGGGUGGGGAAUCUAUUUUUUCUCUCCUUUUCUUUUCUUCAAUAAAAAGAAUUAAAAACCCA